AUGUGCAGGAUCUACCUGAGGAGGAAACAAAACUUGGGAACAGGAGGCAAACACUGGCAAACCCUAUGGGCUACCAGUCUCUCCUUGGACAAGAGGGAGGUGACAGCCAGAGAUGGAGAAUACCUACUGGGCAUCAAAAGACUGAGAAGGCUGUACUGUAAUGUAGGCAUCGGCUUCCACAUUCAAAUUCUACCAAACGGGAAGAUCACAGGCGUGCAUAAUGAAAACAGACACACCCUUCUAGAAAUGUCCACUGUGGAGAGAGGAGUGGUUACCAUGUUUGGGAUGAGGAGUGGUUUCUUCGUUGCCAUGAGCCACAAAGGCAAACUCUAUGGCUCGGGCCACUACAGUGAUGAAUGCAAGUUUAAGGAGAAGCUCCUGGCCAACAAUUAUAAUGCCUAUGAAUCCGUUGCUUACCCUUGCAUGUACAUUGGCAUCAGCAAGACUGGCAAAACCAAGAGAGGCAACCGUGUCACCACCAACAUGACUAUGACACACUUCCUUCCCAGGAUAUGAAUAGAAGGAUCAAUACUCAGUACAGAUAAACUAAA